ACACCAUCUCGCGCUUUAUUCUCUUUCCUUCGUUUCUUUUUCGGAGAUCGACGAGGAGGAGGAGGAGGAGGAGGAGUUCAACUUCAGCAUCAGCAACCACAGCCGAAGGAGAAGCUUUCCUUUCCUUCACCUCUUCUUAUCGCCGUCUCCGACUCCGCAUGAGAAGGGCGCGACCCAAAUCGUCAAGCGGGAGUUAUCCGUCGUUGAAGCAUUCCAAGUUAAAGUAUACAUCGGCAGAGGUGUUUUGUCUCUGUGGUGCCUUUUUCCCUCUACUCUUCCGGUGGUGGGCCUUACGGAAAAGCCUCGCACGUAAGCGACUGCGAUCGAGUUGUUUGCUUGUGGCAGUGACCAUCGUCUGCUGCCAAGUAAUUGGAACGUGUACGCCCACCGGGCAGCCGAAGACGGCAUGGAGGAAGAGCGCCACCGCGACGGCGUGGAGGCAUCGGCUGACGGGUGCUUCGACUGCAACAUAUGCCUGGACUUUGCCGCGGAGCCGGUCGUCACGCUCUGCGGCCACCUCUACUGCUGGCCGUGCAUGUACAAGUGGCUGCAGCAGCGGCAGCGGGGCGGCGCUCAGUGCCCCGUCUGCAAGUUCGGGCUCUCCCCGGACGGCCUGGUGCCACUCUACGGCCGGGGCCAUCGCGACGGCAAGAGGCCCCAGUGGCGCCCCGAGACACCACGCCGCCCGCCGCCGCCGCCCCUCCGGGACGCGAUCGGUGCCAGUGAAGCGCGGCACCCGGAGACUCAACCGCGUCGUCACCGUCGCCAUAGUCCUAGUUGGGAUUACACGUCGCCGGCGGGUGGAGGGCUCGGGGGAAUAGCGAUGGCGGUGCUGCCGUGGAUACCACGAGACCAAGGCAGCACCAGGCUGACAAGGCGGGAGAUGGUGUUGGAGACGUCACUCCAUCAUUUAUGGGUCUUCCUUUGCUGCUGUGCUCUUCUGUGCCUGUUCUUGUUCUGAGAGUGCACGGUUCUUGAGCUCUGCGCAUAAGAAGAAGGCAGGCAGCAGAGGGGACUUCCAACCGGAUAGGAGAGGAAAAUUCUCGAAGACUGUGAGGGGAAUAUACGAGGAAAAUGCUCAUAAAGACCACAAAACAGCAGCAGCAGCAGCAGCAGCAGCACAAAAGCUAUACAUUUGAAUCUUUGAGCAUGGCAUAAGAAAUCAGUGUCGUUGCAGAAAUUGGAGUAAGUCGAGGCUUCGAGACUCCAUGCUUCUUCUGGACAACAAACUAGGCUUUGAUUCUUUUGUUUUUGUUUGUUUGGAGCUAACUAAGUUCUUUGUACAAUGUUGAUGUAUAUACUAUGGCAAAAUGAGGCAGAUAAUUGGACAGUUUGUUCACAAAA